AUGGGUCUAUCCGUGCGUUCAUCGAUCAACAUCCCUUACGCCCACUACGCCAUGAUCUAUCUCGACAACAUGGGCAGACUGAAGGUGACGGAAUCUCCGUCUAUCCAGGAGCAGAAUGGAACUGUCUUCACACCAGAAGUCCGUGAAAGAUUUUUGGAAAUCCUUGGUGCCAAGAUCGGGUACCAGCGCCCCAUGGUUCGAAGUAUUUAUGAUCCUCAACAGCCGCUUGGUCACUUGCCCUACCGUCAAACCAAGCGGCGCAGAAAUUCCCCAGCCGACUCUAUGUACGGUGUACCGCCAUCUGUCCAGUUCCCAGGCCCCGUUGAGGAAACACCCUCUUGUGGAUCAGUGGACAUGGUCGGGCUCGAGAUCGGUGAUACUCCUAAAGUCCUCGACUACUAUGAGAGAUCCUUGAAACACUUCCAGCAGCUUAACUGCCGUCAGAUUGCAAAGGCAUUCAUUAAGUUCAUUGAGCCAAGAAAGCAAGUCAAGCACCCCUAUAAUGGAGGUAAACCCCCCGCAGGAGCCCCUCCUGGUAAGAAGGGCGACCCAGAGAAGACAAAGCCAGAAUGGUGGCCCGCCGAUGUGGUUCACAAGGAGCCUGACCAUCUUCGAAAGGAUCGUACGUGUACCCCUCCAGAAGGUUUCCUGUGUCACGUAACUUUGCUGACAGAUGUAGAACGCCUGUCUCUGUUGAUUCAUAUCAUCCGCAAGCUUGGAAGAUUCGGUAUCACUACAGAUCAAUUGCAGGAGAUCGCCCACGACUGCAAGCGGCAGCUCAGAGGACCUCACAGACUCCAAAUCCUGGACGAGGUCUUCAGAGUGAGAAGGAUGGAAGAACGCUAUGAAAGAGGAGAAGUUGAUGCCAACACGAUUGUAUAUGUUGUCAACCGAGAGUCGAACCCGAAAGAGAAGGAUGCUGACUCCAACGUGGAUCUGGACCAGAAGCAUGAGCAAGAAGACGAUAAUGCGGAUGAGGCACUUCCCAUUCACCACUCUGAGGUGAACUCAACCAGCCUGAUGUCGAGCUCAGUCGAACACAUGGGCAUGGCGGCACCAAGUCGCCCAAUGAAUAUUGGGGAUGAGAGGAACCAGUUGUUUCCUUUACCGGAGUCGUUGAGCUUCGGUGAGGCACCGCGAGAUGAUCGGACCUUCUUUCCCACAACCUCUGAGUAUACCGAAGAUUAUGCAUCACAGCAGAUGCUUAGAACCCCUGCAACAACGGCGCUUGUCAGCCCCAAUGAGCCACCUGCCGCUUUCGAUUAUAUGACACAGGCACCCAUCACCUCCUCUGCUCCGGAGCAGAUUUCCCACCACCGCCAAGCUACCCUGCCCAUGCAGCACUCGGCCAGCUUCGACCCCUGGACGCCUUCGUUCCGACACAAUCUCUUCAACCCAGUGGAGUAUGGUACUGCACCCAGUCAUGCCAUGUCUCAGACUACUAUGUCAUAUCAACUUCCCAUGACGCCGACGUCUCACCCCCAGGAAAUGCCUCAUAUGACUCAUAACCUGCCGAACCUGCCUCAAGACAGACCUUUAAGCAUGGAUAGCAUGAGCAUGAGAGGCCCUUCUUUCCGCACAGGGUCUUUGAGUCAUCCUCGCGAACCAUUACAGCAAACUCCUCAUUCUAGCUGA